GCGCGUACAGCAGCAGCAGCAGCAGCAGGGCGAUCGGCUGGCAGCAGCGUGGUACGGCGCAGCUGAGGCGUCGGAGCAGCGGCACGGGCAGCGGAGGCGCGAUGAAGGGCCCGGCGUCGGAGGUGAUCCGCGAGGGCGAGCUGGAGAAGCGGAGCGACAGCCUCUUCCAGCUGUGGAAGAAGAAGCUGGUGGUGCUGAGCAAGGACAGCCUGCGGCUGGUCUCGCCCGAGGGCGGCGGCCGGGCCAAGGCCAAGGAGCUGCGCUUCGGCGCCAUCCAGAAGGUGGACUGCGUGGAGCGCACCGGCAAGUACGUCUACUUUACCAUCGUGACCACGGACCGCAAGGAGAUCGACUUUCGGUGCCCGGGCGAGAGCUGCUGGAACGCCUCCAUCACCAUGGCGCUGAUCGACUUCCAGAACAAGCGCGCCAUCCAGGACUUCAAGAGCCGCCAGGAGGCCGUCGAGCAGGCGGCCGCCGGCACCCGAGACAGGCGCCUGGCCAGGGCCCCCUGAGCAUCGCGCCCGCGCAGAGCCGAAGAAGACUAUACCUCUUGAUGACAAACCAAAUCAAAUGUCUUGGAUUGCACCAGGACGGGAUAUCAAUGAAGGAAAGCAACAAAGGAUGCUAGCAAUAAGAUGGUCUCUUCCAGGUCUGAUGAAGUGGCUGAGAAGAGGCCAGGCUUCCUUAUAAGCCAAAGACUGUUUGUUGGGGGGGGGACAGAUCUAGGGCAAAAGUGGCUGUUUGUGCAGAAUGCCCAUCUAUGCAAAAUGAUCUCAUUUUCUAUAUGGGAUGCAAAGAAUAUGCAGUAACUGCAGUUGCAAAACUGGUUUAAAUUAUUUGUAAUCUAUAUUUGUAUUUAUUUUGAUAAAUAUCUUUAAGCACAUGUAUGUCUUAAUAUUGCUACUUCCGUUUUAUAUGUGUCCAUUCCAAAUAAAAUACUUUUUUAUUAC